GGCUUCUUAGUUGAUCCUCAUCAGAGCCUUAGGAAAGAACUUUAUAAUCUCAUCUCUCAGGUGAGUUUUUCCAAAUCGCCCCGAAGUUUUCCCCAGGUCCUUCCCCACUAAAACCCACCUUGCCAACUACCUGUUGCAAAUCCAAACAAUGCCGGCUAACCAAUAGUGAGUCUCAAGAUACUGCUACGCAAGAAGCCUCAUUACGGCUCGCGAGGUUCUUGCGAGAGUUGGUUCCAGCAGAUCAUGUGACAACCCAAGAUGGCGGCGCCCAGCGAAGCAGAGGCGGAGCAGACCUUUUACUUGGUAGUGAGCGGUAUUCCCGCGGAGUUGCGCUCGGCUCACUUACGGAGCUACUUUAGCCAGUUCCGGGAACAGCGCGGCGGUGGCUUCCUCUGUUUCCACUAUCGGCAUCGGCCUGAGCUAACCCCUCCUCGGGCUGCUCCCGACUCUGCCCUAGCUCCCAUCGAUCCUGCCGCUGAGGGCCAGGUUCUCGCUCAGACUUCGGACGCCGAUGCCCGUGCUCUCUCCGCCCGGGACCCGGCUCCGGUCCAGACUCGCACCUGCUGCUGCGUCAUCUCCAUACGCGGAGCGGCUCAGGCCCAGAGGUUUCUUCGCAUGUACUCGGGCCGCCAGUGGCUGGAUUCUCAGGGGACUUGGUUGCCGGGUCGCUGUCUCAUCCGCAGACUUCGGCUACCUACCGAGGCAUCAGAUUUGGACUCCUUUCCCUUCAAGACCCGGAAAGAGCUGCAGAGUCAGAAGGCCAAGAGCAAAGUCUUCACCCUGGCUGAUCUGAGACAACUGCCGGAGCUGAACCCACCGGUGCUGAUGCCCAAUGGAAAUGUGGGGACUCCCCUGCGGGUCUUCUUGGAGUUCAUCCGGGCCUGCCGCCUACCGCCCCGAAUCAUCACCCAGCUGCAGCUCCAGUUCCCCAAGACAGGUUCCUCCCGGCGUUAUGGCAAUGUGCCCUUUGAGUACGAGGACUCGGAGACUGUGGAACAGGAAGAGCUUGUGUACACGGCAGAGGGUCAGGAAAUACCCCAGGGAGCCUGCCUGGUAGAUACACCAGCCAGCCCUUGUGGAGGGCCAGAAGAAGAAGGGGAAAAGGAGGAGGAGGACGAGUCUCCCUCAGAUGAUGACGAUGACCGGUGUGAGGAAUGGGAGCGGCAUGAAGCGCUGCAUGAGGAUGUGACCAGGCAGGAGCGGACAACUGAGCGGCUCUUUGAGGAGGAGAUCGAGCUCCAGUGGGAGAAGGGUGGCUCUGGCCUGGUGUUCUACACUGACGCCCAGUUCUGGCAGGAGGAAGAAGGAGACUUUGAUGAACAGACAGCUGAUGACUGGGACGUGGACAUGAGUGUGUACUACGACAGAGAUGGUGGAGACAAAGAUGCCCGAGACUCUGUCCAGAUGCGUCUGGAACGGAGACUACGAGAUGGCCAGGAGCAUGGUUCCGUGAUUGAGUGCCAGGUGGGCACUUUUGAGCGCCACACCAAGGGCAUUGGGCGAAAGGUGAUGGAACGGCAGGGCUGGGCUGAGGGCCAGGGCCUGGGUAGCAGGUGCUCGGGGGUGCCUGAGGCCUUGGAUAGUGACGGCCAGCACCCCAGAUGCAAGCGUGGAUUAGGGUACCAUGGAGAGAAGCUACAGCCACUUGGGCAACUGAAGAGGCCCCGUGGAACUGGCUUAGGGCUCAUCUCCACAAUCUAUGAUGAGCCCCUGCCCCAGGACCAGCAGGAGUCAUUGCUCCGCCGCCAGCCACCCACUAGUAUGAAGUUUCGGACAGAUACGGCCUUUGUGAGGGCCUCCAGCUGUGCCUUGGACAGUGCCUCAGGACCCAAGUAACAAGGUCAGGGGCUUCCUUGGUCAGGAUCACUCAUAACUGCAAGAUCCCAUCUCUGCCCAGCUGUAUCUACCGGUUAGAAAGAAGUCGCUGCAGCAGACAGAAUGCACCUUGUUCAGAGUGCCCUGUUCUCAACUUGCCUUCUGGUUCUCUACCUCAAGGGCAUUUUUUUUUUUAAGCCCCCUACCUGCCCC